UGUUGUCAUCUUAGCGGUUUCUAUCUUCCGUAAUUAGGAAAUCCUCUUCAGCGCAGUCCACACUGCCGACUCUCUCCAACUCCGACUAUUCAUCAUGCAUAUCCAACUUGUUACAGGAAAUAAGUCUAAGACGGUUGCAGUGAAUUUCUACGCUACUUAUCUCGCUUUCAGCGUCCGACAGCUACUGUAGCAAUUUGAGAUGGUAAUAUAUCUUGUUUUUCUGCUCCUGUUGCUGGAAUUCGGACAACAAGCAUAUGGGUCCGAAGCCCAAGACCGUUUAAUAAAAGAACUCUUCCAAGGGUACGAUAAACUAAGCCGUCCAGUGUCGUCCAUUAACGAAACUGUCAAUGUUACUUUUGGCCUCACGCUCAAUAUCCUCGUGUACGUGAGUGACCAGGAUCAGGUCAUGAAGACUAACGGCUAUCUGGACAUGUCGUGGACCGAUCUAAGAUUGCAGUGGAAUCCCGACGAUUAUGGAGGAAUUACAGUUCUACGUUUGCCGGUUGAUAAAGUGUGGCAGCCGGAUAUCGUAUUAACGAAUACGGUGGAUGGUCAAUUUUGGCCCAAUUUUAAAAGUAACGCCCUCAUUUACAGCGCCGGAACAGUUUUUUGGGUCCCUCCGUUCAUUUACAAAAGCGGCUGCGAUACCAAUCCUCUCUACUUCCCGUUCGAUCAACAAGAAUGCUACCUGGUGUUUCGGUCGGUGACGUACAAUGCUCGCGACGUGGACAUCCAGUUGAAGGCGCCCAACAUGGAGCUAAAAGAUUACUGCGAACAGCCCUCCGGAACCUGGGAUUUGGCGGAAGUGCCCCUCGGACGCUUGUACCGCAUGGAAUGGUACCGCGAAGGCAAAGAGCCGGUCGUCUUUGUCCAGCUGGAUCUCAAAGUGGCCCGCAAAUCCCAGUUCUACGUCAUCACCUUUCUCUUGCCCUGCGUGUGUAUUGCCUUUCUGACAAUUUUUGUCUUCUAUCUGCCAACUGCCGCCGGAGAGAAAAUCUGUUUGGCCAUCUCCAUUCUCUUCACAAUCGUAGUGUUCCUGUUGAUUUUAACGGAUAUUCUGCCGCCCUCCGAUUCCCUGCCCUUAAUGACCAAAUUUCUUUUAUUCACUUUUGUAUGUAAUUUAAUCUCCACGUUUAUCACCGUAAUUACGAUCAACUGGAAUUUUCGCUCGCCGGAUACCCACGAAAUGCCAGACUGGGUGAAGUUGAUAUUCUUAAACAUUUUGCCACGCAUGUUAAGGAUAAAACGGCCGGAAAAAGUCAGCAAACGGAAACUGUUUAGCAGUGUCCGAGUAGAUAAUGGCGGUAGCCAAUUUUCUCCGCCCAGCCGCUCCCGUUCGCCGGGCCGGUCUAAAUGGGGAUCACGAACUAGUCGGAGUAAUUCGCAGAAGUUAAUGUCUCAAGCAUCGUUUGACCGAAUGAUUCCCAGCAAUCAGAAAGGAAGUCCCAUCGUGGCCUUGAGGUUUAAUUCUUAUCGAGGCAUCGUCGCCAAUAAUCCGGCCUUUUCUGCCUCAGUUGAUAGUACCAGCAGUUUGAUGAUGCGCGAACUGCAGUUUCUCGGGGAAUAUUUGAGCAAUUUUCCUGGCUAUCGAGACGCCCUGCAAAAUGUUGCAUUUAUUGCCAAGAAUGUCGAGGAGGGCGAAGAAGGCAACGAUGUGGCUGAUGACUGGAAGUACAUUGCACUUGUCAUCGACCGUCUGCUGUUGUGGCUGUUCUUCCUGGGAAACGCGUUUGGUUCUGUCAGCAUUCUCCUUAACUCGCCACACUUAUUUGAACCUCUAACUGAUCAUUGUCCUAACAGAACAACUUUACUUUAGAGUUCGAGUAAUGUAGGUUAUUAAAAUCAGUUUCGUAAACCUCGGUUGUGCUCGAAAUCGUGAUCGUGAGCCUAAAAAAAUGAAAUCCGGCUCAUUUCGGUUAGAAGAUACGUUGUAUUGUAAAGCUAUUCACAUGUCAAUAUGAUCGACCAAUACAUAUGUGUGUUGCUUUGCUCAAAUCGUAACUGAUU